AUGGAUCGACUGUCAAAAGCGAAGGUCUUCACUAAGCUGGAUCUACGUGACGCCUAUCACAGGCUCCAGAUCAAGGAGGGCGAUGAGUGGAAGACCGCGUUCAAGACGCGAUACGGUCAUUUCGAAUACCUGGUCAUGCCGUUCGGGCUGGCCAACGCACCAGCCACGUUCCAAUCCUAUAUCUACCGAGCCCUAGGAGGCUUACUGGAUAGGAUCUGCGUGGUGUACCUGGACGACAUCCUUAUCUAUUCCCAGAACGAGGAGGACCACGACAAGCACGUCGAGGAGGUCCUAGAUCGUCUGGUUGAGUGGGGGAUGUUCGCGAAGGCAAGCAAAUGCGUCUUCUCCAGUAAAUUAGUGGAGUUUCUGGGAUUCGUUAUUACCCCAGACGGUGUGGUAAUGGACCCUGAGAGGGUCCGUACCAUCACCGAAUGGCCCAAACCAUCCAGUUAUAAGGAUAUUUAA